CGCAUGUAGCCAUGUACAAAGUACAUCUGGUAUAUGGAACGUGUAGACAGACUGUGAUCGGCAUGAUCUGAUCUGAUCUAACCUUAAAAACAAAACAAUAAAGUAGAAAUUUUCUCUAAUCAAACGUACUGAAAUACUAAUUAAUGUUUUUGUAUUGCUACAUGUUGAGUUAUUGAAUUAAACUUAAUUCAUAAUUUGUCGGGAGAACAGAACUUCAACAUUAUUUUCUUCUUAUGUUAGAUAUGGCGGAUGAGAGUCUAAGCACAAAUAGCAAUCCAAGUGAUGAACCUAGUGCAGUACCUGAAGAAUCUAUUCACUAUGUUGGGGAGAGGAAUGCCAUUGUGUUCAGUGCUGCUGCAGGAGAACCUCUACCUCCUCUGGAGUUACCGGAUGACUUCUUCGAUUUGAACAAAGACGAUGUCCGAAUUCUCUUUAAAGAACUGAAACAAAGCAGGGAGGACCUGGAGAACAGACCGCUGCGUACGAAGGCAGUGCGUGAGUUGGAAGACAGUACCUCUACACUGAGCCGGCUGAACCGGUAUACAAGGACCGUUGUACGAGUCCAGUUCCCCGACCGCAUGGUUCUACAAGCGGUCUUCAACCACUCAGAGACUGUACAGACCGUCCUUGAUUUCGUCCAGACCUUUCUCGACCACCCAGAUGUACAGUUUUACCUUUAUACAGCUCCUCCCAAAUCGAUUCUCAAUCCCUCGGUGACACUUGUUGAUGCUAAACUGACGCCAAGAGCGCUGGUGUACUUUGGCACGGACCCACCGCAGGAGCGGACCACAUACCUCAGACCCUCCUUGCUUACUUCCCUCACAAGUCUGCGGUUGGCAUCUGAGGCUGCUCUCCAGUACAGGAGAAAAGGAGCUGAUGAAGAAGUGAAAAAAGAAACAGAGGAUGGGAUUGUUGAAGUGCCCGAUGAAACUCCAAGCUGUUCGUACCAAAAGCCAAACUCAUCUACUAGCAAAAAGGCAUCAACUAGCUCUAAAGUGCCUAAAUGGUUCAAAAAAUAAUGUUUGUAGUUAUAUUUUCCAAUAAAUAUUAAUUAAUAA